AUGCGUUUCAUUCCGGACUCUCAGCCUUACGUUACAAAAGUCAUCAAGGAAAUGAAUAUUCGCCACAAGCCGUUUCUUAUGGAUGAAGAAAACGAUGCCAGACCAUAUUUAUUUCGCGAUGUAUUUGUUCAGCAGAAAGAUUUGAAGACAGCAGGCAAAGCUGCUUACAAACUGAACAAGGAAGAAGAAGAUCUAACUCCUGGCGAAGUUGAAAGUUUGGCGUUUGAGACUAUUGUGUCACCAGAUCAAAGACAUCUGGAUCCAGAUGAAAUGAUGACAGUCGAUGGAUUCUCUUCUCCAUUACGGAACGACGGAAAUGGAUAUUCGAUUGCCUAUAGUAACUACAACGCUGCUACCUCUGUUGGAGAGGGCAAUGCAACUUCUGGUGGUGCCAACUAUUAUAGAGCACCGACUGAUGGUAUGGCAACGAUACCAAUAAGACUAGCAGAAGAGUUUGAGAAGUUGGGCGGCAGAAUCAAGAAGAAUACAACUGUAACUGCCAUAGACGAGUGCGAUUUUCUAGACGGGCAAAAAGUGUAUCUACUGACAACCUACAACUACGAGACACUGGAGACGGUACAGUACAUUGCUCGUAAAGUUGUUUUGGCUAUGACGAGGUCUCAAUUGAAGAGAAUACAUUGGGAUGCAUUGUGGACAUCUCCAAAGAGGGAAUCAGUAGAUGCGGUACUAAGUCAUCAAGCCACUAAAAUAUUUUUUGCGUUUGAAGAGCCAUGGUGGCGCAAAGACAGUCUGCAAUACUUAAAUCUGACUCACGGCCGUUCCAUCUCUAGCCUUCCUAGUAGACAGACUUAUUACUUCACUGCACCAAAUCCAGCUGUCAGCAACCGCUCGUUCAUCAUGCUUUACAAUGACGGCCGGUUUGCUAGAUUUUGGAAAGCUUUGGCUUCUGACUCUUUCAACAAGUUUCCCACUUCUAAUUCGGCCAUAUUUCCUAUUACUGACACUCUGGUAAAGGAAGUAGUCAAAGAGUUGGCUCUCAACCACAACACAACAGAGGACGUCAUUGGUCGGCCAUACUUUGGAUGGAUUAUGGUGUGGGACAAUGAUCUGCUACCAAGAUACGUUGAAGGAUACGGUCCUUAUAUGCCAAGUGAGUCGUGGGCUUUGUGGGCUCCCGGAUACAACUACACAGAAGAAACGACAAAGAUUAUUAAAUUGGACGAGAACCAGGACAUCUUCAUAUGUGGAUCGGUUUACUCUCUUCAGCAGGGGUGGGUAGAAGGUGCACUCGAGCAUGCUGAUACAAUGCUGACAACUUAUUUCAACAUUCCAUCUUACUUAUCGCCGUCCGGGAUGCAAGCGAUGAAAAUGUCGUUUUACGCCAAGAGAAAAGUUCCUUUCUAUCCGUAACGCUUGGAUGUCUCUGUCAUAGACAUACAGUCUCGCUGACUUCAUUAGGAUAAAGAACUGUAAGCUGGCUGUACUUUUAGAUUAGCUAAAGAGUUACACAUGCAUUUACGAGCACAAGGAAAAAUUAC